ACCUAGCAGUGGGCGUGGCUUCGUUUCGGCCACUAUAUAAGGAGACGCCGCCGAGUCAUCGGCAGAGUCGCCGGAGAUUCCCUGUGGACAUGAAGACUUUGGCCAUCGCUGUCGCCCUCGUGGCGUUUGUAGGAGUCAGUGUGAGCGGAGAUCCUGAAGCUGAUGCUGAGCCCAGCCGCUAUGGAGGCGGCUUUGGAGGCCAUGGGGUGGUGUCCUACAGACCCGUGUACAACAGCUACGGCUACGGACGCUGGAAGAGGAGUGCUGAGCCUGUAGCUGAGGCUGAGGCUGAUCCCGAGGCCGAUCCUUCCCGCUUCGGAUACGGGCAUGGCGGCUUUAGUCACGUGUCCUUCCAACCCGUAUACAGCAGCUAUGGCUACGGACGCUGGAAGAGGAGUGCUGAGGCUGAGCCCGGAUUCAGCUUCGGUCACGGCUUCGGAGGUCACGGCCGCUUCGGAGGCUACAGGGGCUAUGGAGGCCACGGCGGAAGCUUUGGUGGACAUGGGCGUUUCUACGGCUGAAGGGUUCAUUUUUCCCAAGAUCAAUAAAGCUGAGCAAUUCUA